GAUUGCCUCGUUCAAGUAGCAACAGCACCACUUGCGGUGGCGGCGGCGGAAGAAGGAGACGGAGGAGAUGACGGUGAAGGGGGGGACGAACCAAUCAUGCGCGGCAUGCAAGUACCAGCGGCGGAGAUGUGCGGCGGAUUGCCCACUCGCCGCCUACUUCCCGGCCGACCAGCCGAAGCAGUUCCUGAACUGCCACCGCCUGUUCGGCGUCAGCAACAUCCUCAAGAUCAUUAACCGCCUCGACCCGCCGGAGCAGGCCGAGGCCAUGAAGUCCAUCAUCUACGAGGCCAACAUCCGCGACCGCGACCCCGUUCAUGGCUGCCUCGGCCUCAUCCGCUCCCUGCACCUGCAUAUCCACCACUUGGAGCAGGAGCUCGAGGCCACCAACAGUCAGCUCGUGCUCCACCGCCACCACCAGCUCGCCGCCUCCUCCUCCUCCUCCUCCUCUUCUACCAUGAUCGAUGGCGCCGCCAGCUACCUUCUCCUCGACAACGGCAUCUCCAUCGUCGAGAGCUGCAGCAUCGCCGACAACAACGACAUCAACAUGAAGGCGGUGGAACGUUUCUGGGCUCACCAUUCUUCCACCCUGCAUGCCCCGAUGGACGAUGAGAUCUCACCCGACUUCGACGCCAUAGACGAAGACGGAGCCUACGAAUCAAGCUCCGAGUCUCCGCUCAAGGACACGAUGCACUCGGCGAUGGCUCACGUCUCACGGAACGAACUCAAGAGCGCCGCCGCUUGCUUCACUCUCACCAGCGCUGUCAACUGAGGGCCACCUCCGGGGCUUCCAAUUGCUUCACUGUAAUCUUCUUCGCCACCCAUGUCUCAUAUAAUCUCUGCUAAUAAUACCCGGCGAUGUUGGAUUUCCGCAGCACAUAUUAGCAUGGAGUUGAGGUUUGUGAUGAA